UCUCCAAAACGCCAAAAUUUCCCCACUGCUCCACUGCUUUCCCCUCCUCCUCCUCCUCCUCCCCGCGAGAUCCCAUCCAUGGCCGCCUCCUCCCGCCCCCGGAUCUGGCCCUGACGAGGCCGCCAUUGCCGGGUGCUUCCCCUCCUUUUGCCAUUUUUUGAGGUGGUGCCCUUUCUUGCUUUUCUUUUCUUUUCUUUUCUUUGCCUGGGGUGCUUUCUUUGGGGGUGGGAGGUGUUCUUGAUCCCGCCGCAUUCGCGCCCGCGGGGGUGGUUCGGGGAAGGAGGGGGCGAUCCGCUGUCGAGGUAUCGUUGCAAGAGCGGAUUUUGGAUUUUUUUUAAUUUAAUUUGGGCGGCCCGGGAUUUGCGCUGCCGUGGUGUUGAUUUCUGGGCGCUUGAGGAGAGCAAUGGUGGUUUGAUUUGUGGAUGUGGUGUUGGUGCCGACGAAGCUCGCCGCCAUGUGGAAGCAAUUCAUCGGAAAGCUGUCGUGGAAGUCGCUGAAAUCCAACUCCGGCGGCGGCGGAGGGUACUCGCCGCCGGCGGGGAAGCCGUCGCCUUUGUCACCCCGGACGAACGGGAACGCCGUGGCGAAGCCGAACGCGUCGCCCCCGCCGGCCGCCGGAGCCGAGGGGAGGCCCAGGGAGGAGGCGUUCGUCCAGAAGGUGAACAUUUGCUGCGUGGUGUUCGACUUCUCGGACCGGGGGAAGGACUCCACGGAGAAGGAGAGGAAGCGGCAGGUGCUCAUGUCGCUCGUCGACUGCGUCGGCGCGGCAGAGGAGCCCCUCACGGAGGGGAUGACCGCGGCGUGCGUGCGCAUGUUUGCGGCUAACCUCUUCAGGGUCUUCCCGCCCAAGGUCAGGUCGGGCACGACGGCGUCGGAGACGGAGGAGGACGAGCCGUUCUUCGACCCCUCAUGGUACCACCUGCAAGUGGUGUAUGAAUUGCUUCUUCGGUUCGUGACGUCGCCGAUGGUGGAUGCCAAAGCAGCUAGGAAGUAUGUGGACAGUUCAUUCAUAUCGAGGUUGCUAGAUCUGUUUGAUUCCGAUGACCCCCGAGAGAGGGACUGCUUGAAGACAAUAUUGCAUAGGAUAUAUGGCAAGUUCAUGGGAAAUCGACCAUUCAUCCGUAAGGCUGUGAGUAAUAUCUUCUAUAGGUUCGUGUUCGAGACAGACCAUCACAAUGGGAUAGCAGAGCUGUUGGAGGUAUUUGGCAGUGUGAUAAGCGGGUUUGCGAAGCCAUUGAAGGAAGAGCACAAGUUGUUCCUAUUGAAAGCGUUGAUUCCGCUUCACAAGCCAAAGACGGUGGGUGUGUAUCUUCCGCAGCUGACGUACUGCAUUACACAGUUCAUUGAGAAGGAAACCAAGCUUGCAGGGACUGUAAUCAGAGGCCUGCUGAAGUACUGGCCAGUAACAAAUAGUCAGAAGGAGAUGAUGUUCUUGGGGGAGUUGGAGGAGGUGUUGGAGUUGACCGACAUGGCUGAGUUUCAGAAGUGCAUGGUACCGCUGUUCCGCAGGAUUGCAAAUUGCCUGAAUAGCUCUCACUUUCAAGUUGCUGAGAGAGCUUUAUUCUUGUGGAACAACGAGCAUUUGUUUGAUAUGAUCUCCCAAAAUCGUCAAGUGAUUCUACCAAUUAUAUAUCCAGCUCUAGAGAGGAACACCCGUUGGCACUGGAAUCAGUCAGUCCUCAAUGUGACCCUGAAUGUCAGGAAAAUGUUCUUGGACAUGGAUGAGAGAUUGCUCCUGGCUUGUCAGAACAACUUCCAAGCGGACGAAGAGAAGCGAGCAGCGACCGAGGAGCGGCGAAGGCUUAUGUGGGAGCAGCUGGAGCGGAACGCCGCCGCUGCCACAUUCCAUCAUCAUCCAGUGAUCACAAAUGACACAAGCUUUCCUGCACCCCCUUCAUCAGCUCCUCUGGUAGCUCCCACUGUGACAUGACCAUGUGUUCCAAAUAUACUCCAUUCCACUUAUUUGUUAGCUAGCUAGAUGAUGAAGUUGCUUGCUUCUCCUGGGGCUACAGAAGGCAUUUUGUUACCUUCGUAAGGCCCUUGUCAAAGUCUGUAAUUAAUAGUUGAUGGUUUGAGGACAAAUGACACUUGAUUUUUUUUGUGGCGUAUUCUCGAGUAAUGGGCAUUGCUUUCUUGGCAAAAUCUUGAUUGGUUC